AUGUCAAAUCUAAAACGUAUCUCCAUCGUCCCCAACCUAGCUUGCGAACGCGCAGGUAUGAAACAGUAUGCCAGCAUCCUGAAAAAAUAUGACUUCGCACCCACAACCGAAGGCCCCUUCCAAAUGGUUGACGUCGCAACCAAGAACUUGAAGAACUUCUUCAAACCUAAAGACAAGAAAGCCACUACACCCGUGUUGCGAAAGGUUGAAGACGACAAAACAGGCGAGGUCAAAGCAGAAGAUCAACAGAACGACGCGCUUUACAUUUGUCCUUUGUGGUCUACGGAGUUGGAUAGGGAGACCAAGGUGGCCGGGAUUAAGAGCAAACAUAAUGUUUUUGAUGCGAAGGCUAGCAAGACGUUCAAGAAGAUGAAUGGGGCGAGCUGGAGGAUUAGGUACGGUGAUGGAUCUACGGCUUCUGGGAUCGUCGGUACGGACAAUGUUACCCUUGGUGGUCUCUGUAUCGAGGGCCAGGCCAUCGAACUUGCGAGUAAACUCAGCCCGCAGUUCACUUCUGGUGCAGGCGACGGACUGCUAGGUCUGGCAUUCGGUCACAUCAACACCGUCAAACCAAAGAAAGUCGCCACACCCGUAGAGCAGAUGAUUCUCCAAUCCGACAUCCCCUCCUCCCAAGAGCUCUUCACUUGUUAUCUCGGCUCCUGGCGCGAUGAAAACGACGUCGACCAUGGCGAAUCCUUCUAUACGUUCGGCUACAUUGACGAACAAGUCCUCUCGCGCUGCGGCGUCUCAGAACCACACUAUGUGCCCAUCGAUCCAUCAAAAGGCUUCUGGCAGUUCUCUUCCCCAACUGCUACCCUCAACGGCGAGAUUAUCCAACGACCCCCCGGAAAUACUGCAAUCGCCGAUACAGGAACUACACUGGCCCUUGUUGACGACGCACUCUGCGAGAAGAUAUACAGCACUAUCCCAGGCGCUGUGUACGAUAAAGCGCAUCAAGGUUGGACCUUCCCCAUCGGAACAAAAAUCUCUGAUCUUCCUACUCUGGCACUUGCAGUGGGUGACAAGGAAUUUGAAGUACAAAAAGAAGAUUUUGGAUUUGCGAAAUGUGGGGCGGGCAUGCAGUACGGGGGGAUACAAUCACGUGGAAAGAGUGAGUUUGAUAUUUUCGGGGAUACGUGGCUUAAGGGCGUUUAUGCGAUUUUCGAUCAGGGAAAGAAGAGGUUUGGGACUGUUCAGAGGGUGGAGGGGAUGCAGAAUUUGGCUGUGCCGAAAUGA